AUGGCUGCCCAGGGGCUUCUCGACCCGACAAAAACCGGGAAAUAUCCCGUUAUUCUUAGCGACGCCUUGCUUGGGAAAUCGUCGAAAGAAACAUACACAGGCGUUCGAUACAACCAUCGGCCAACUUUAUCCUCAGAUACCGCACCGAACACAGCACGCUUGAAAAAGUCCGGAAAAGACGACUCCUACAACCUCGGGUUCGACGACCGCGGAGACAAGUACCAAUACAACGGCGUCCGUACGACCGAUGACGACAACUAUGUCCUCAUAUUCGAUCCCGCCCGCAAGGCAUUUGUUCUGCAUCGCGUGGAUUCUACUUUCCACAUGAAUGUGACUCGCACGCCGGCUGACAGCAACGUUGAGAGCCUGCGCCAACAAUUCCCCCAACUCGAAGUCAAGACUGCCGCGACCCCGAAAAAGCUAAAAGGGAAGGCUGGUGACAAACCUGGGAAAUCAACCUCGGCCAAAUCAACGCCUACCAAGGCCAGAGGCGGCAGGAAUGUUGGUGGUGAUACAUCCAAGUCCAAAGCCGCCCCGGCCGAAAAGAGCAAGCCAUUGGAAUUGACGCUACCCGACCUCACUGCGCCCAAGAAGCAACCAGAAACUACGUUACCACAAACCGAAGAAAAGAAGCCGAAACGCCCUGCGUUAUCGCCUGUGGAAUCCGAGGAAGACGAUGACGAUGACGAUGGAGGCCUGACGGUCGAAUACCCCGAGGGCAACCCAGCCGCGUUCCGCGCGACGAGCCAGUAUGUACCGCCGUUCAAAGCCAUGACUCGGCGGUUCUCCGAAUUUGCCGCCGAGAGGGAGUCAGACGAAGACGAUUUCAACCCAAGCGCGACGACGGGCGGGUACGAGGCCGAGCAGCUCGAGGACCAAGGAUACGAGGAAGGAGACGAAUACGAGGAAGAGGAUGAUUACGACCAGCCCUUUCGGCAUAGUCCUCCUCAGCCGAAUCGAGCAGCCAGCCCCGUCGCCGUCGAGCCCGAUCGGUACACAUUUGAUGACGGGGACGAAGACGACGAUGGGGACGACGCCUUGGAGCAGGACAUUGGCGAUCUUGAAGCGGCGCUGGCGGCGGAGUUUGAACAAGUUCAGCAGAGCGGUGGGGAUGGAGAUGCCGGCCACCAGAGUGAUAGCUCGGUGAGCGAGGAGGAAUAA